GUGAAAAUGUUGGCUGUUGUGGUGGCCAUCUUUGCUACAUUAUGGCUACCUUACCGAACCCUCCUGGUCUACAAUUCUCUCCUGGCGAUGUUCGGUUACCAUCCCUACAAGGACCUGUGGUAUCUGCUCUUCGCCAAGACCUGUAUUUUUAUCAACAGUGCCAUCAACCCGAUCCUGUACAACGCUCUCUCCGUCAAGUUUCGCCGAGCUUUCAAGAGGAUGCUGUCGUGUGGUAGACCGCGACGGGACCAGUGGGGGAUGACCAUGCUCUACAGCGAGGGGGGGCGACGUCCUCCUUCGCGAGGCACGGGCGGUGGAAUCGGCCUCGGCAGGGAAGCCUCCUCCUCGCCCCGCCUACUCUACCCGCCCACAACCACCAGGGACACGCCCACCAUCGAGACCGCCUUCAACACCAACUCAGCGCCGAUCAAGAUAAACAACUAGGUGCUUUACUCCUAAUUUCUCUUUUCAUUCAUUUUUACCGUUUUCGCUUUCCACAGUGAAAAGUGCUAGAGGAAAAUCACUCCUCAUUUUCUUUUAAAAAUAAACGGUUUUCAUUUUUUUUUGUCUGUGUGCGUGUCAUUUUAUAGAGUGAUACGGAGUGCUAGUAAAUGAUAUUUCUGAAACAGAAGUUAGAAAUUUGACUACAUACUUCUGAAAAAAAAAAAUGCAUGGAAAAGUAUUUUUUUCAUGCCCAAUGUUAUAAUAAAAGAUAUAAUUUCUCGUAAACAAAAGACAAAAACGUUGCUCUUUUGUUCAUUUCUUAAGGUGAAAUCUCCUCCAAAAAUGAACAGAAUUUCGAGUGACCAAUAAAAAAGUGCAUGAUUUCCCGGUGAUAUAAAUUACGUACAGAUUAUUUGAGACCGAGUCAUAUCU